GUUGCUAUAGCGGUAUGAAGAUGAACACAGAUCGCUUCUCCGUCUCUGCAGAGGAGUAUUUAGCAGAGUCCAGUGCUCUGUUCUAUCUGACCGAUGCUGUGACUCAGCUGCUGGAGCACAGAGAGGAGUUCAUCCAGUUCGGCAUCGUGCGGUAUUUUGCAGAAUACUUUACCAGUGUGAAGAACGGGAAUCAUGUUCUCUUCAGAGAAUUCAGCUACGUUAAAGGUACAGCACACAACCGAGCUUCCUUCAUCCACAUCUUCUGGAAAUGCUUCAGGCAGAUUGGAAAGAACAGAGAUUUGCUGACGAUGAUGGAGUACACGUCACUUCUCCAGCUCUUAUGCCCAGACUUUCCUGUUGAAAUUGUGCAGAACACGGCCAAAAUUGUCCUGAUGGAGGACGCUACAGACUGCCCCAUGUCCCUCUCAGAUUUUAUCUACGCUUUCCAAAUCCAGUUUUACUAUGAAGAGCUCCUUGAGAGUCUGUUAGUGAUUUAUGAGGACUUGCUCGAGGGAAAGAACCCGAACACCGUCAUCGUCCCGACCUCAACGUCAGCCGAAACAAUAUCUAGUGAGGAGGCGGACACACAAGAGGGGGUCGAUUCAUCUGUCCUGCUCGAGUGCAUCGAGGGACUGUGUGAACGUUUUAAACACAAACAUCCACCUCUGUCUGCCAUUAAGGAGGUUCUGGAGAGCAGCACACGAAUCUCCUAUUACGGCUUCCUCAUGGCUUUGGCCAAACACGAAGGAAUCAGUCAGGAAAUCGGUGCUCUUCCGAACAGAUCGGACCUGCUCACCGACCCAGAGAUGGAUCAGGAGUUGGAGAGGCUUGUAGCUCAGGUGGCCAUCAGUCCGACAUCGAACAGCAGCAGCAGCGCACAAGGGCUGAAGGAACUGUGCAGGAAACCAUCACCGCGCAAAUCCUUGCACCAGCGCAAGAGGAUCGAGAUGGAGAGCGACGGCUCCACCGAGGAGACCGACUCCUCCGAGAAUUAAUACACACACCGUGGAACAGCACGGCAUAAGCCACUUUCACUUUAUUAAAACCAAAAAUAAUGAUUGUUAGCAUCAACCAGUAUUCAGUAUUUAAGUGAGGUGUAGAGUCUUAUCUAAGAACUGAUCAGAUCUGGAAUCACACCCAGAUGAAAUCCUUUGUUUUUACGUUGGACUCGGUCAUAGUGGGUCCAUAGAAGUGAUAACCUGGUCAUUCACUAUAUUCAGGUUCUCAGCUGACCUUAUUUUGGGGCACAUAACAUUGCUGAACCUAGACCUGAGCAACUGAAGCAACCCCAGAUUAUACUGUAACACUGCCCCAGAGGCUUGUACAGGGGGCGCUAUGCAUGAUGGGUGCAUCGCUUAAUGUGGUGACGAACAAUGCCUUUUCCAGCGUAAUGGAGCACCUCACCAUAAGUUCAAAAGUGAUAACUAAGUGGCUUGGGGAUUAAAACAUCGAAAUUUUGGGUUCAUGGCCAGGGAACUCCACAGACUUUAAUUCCAUUAAGUACUUCUGGGAUGUGGCCCAGAAGUUGAUUGACAGGAUGCCAGUGUGAAUUGGAGAGGAAAAAGAAAACCACAUCAUGUUAGUGCAAAUCAAACUCCGGUACAACAUAUUUACAAACCGAGUUUAAUUUUUCACCAGUUCCAUAGUACAGUCAAGAUCAUCCGAAAAAAAAAAAAUUAAAAACACCAUGUACAAUAAACACAAGAAAACAAAAUGAAUAGGCACAACUUGUGGUUCUGCAGGCUUGAUCUGAAGACACGUAUGGUCCAAACAUCAAAACGUUUCAUAAUAAACAUCUAUAAAGUAAUGAUUAGUGUUUUUUUAAAUCCCACUUUUAUCCAGGAUUUGCUUUUUUGGGUUACGUUGGCAUAGUAAUGUACUGAACUCCCAUAACCCACUUCUUUACAGAGGUUCAAUUUGGUUUGAACAAUAGAUGUUUCAAAGGUCAAAUAGAUGCACGCUUUUCAAAUCACUUACUCACUCACACACACACACACACACACACACACAC